GCAAUGCGGAAAAAAAGGCCCACAUGCUGCAUACAACGCGUAUAAACAGUUUGUGCAGAGUGACACGACAGCACUUUUCCUUGCGGCAGCAAUGGAACAUUUCCAUUUGAAUGAUGUCAGAGCGACUCCUGAUGGGUUAAUUCCAGACCACAUCCAGCAAGGCUCUGCUGAACAGAAAAGGACCUGGCUCCAUGACUCUGUGGCAGAGGUCGUUGACAAGUUUUUAAUGUCUACAGAUAUUUCUGGACGGUCAGCGGACGUUGCUGAAGCAGCAAGGGCCCUACACAAAGAGAAGGAGAAGCACCGUUGUCGUGAGCCAGGUUGCACCAGAGUUUUUGCCUACAAAAAAUCCAGAGAUAACCACGAGAAGAAAGUCCACAGUCUUGUGGUGGCAUCUAUGCCAGUUGUUGAGCCUGCUUACUCUGAUUUGAUUGACUUCAAAAAAGAGCAUACUGAGGCCAGGCUUAGUUUUGGAUUCCUGCUUUUUGACCUAUUGGAUGCAGUGAAAGAGGGAGAUGGGGAGCGCUUAAUAAGGCUGUACAAGGUGGCACUACUAAUUUAUAAGGCUUACGGGCACACUCAGUAUGCCUACAGCACUUUCCUCUUAACAGUGCAAGUCAGUGCAACACUGUCCCCUCGGGUUGCACAUGAUGUAACCUGGAACCGAUUUUGGAAUAGCAGGGGUGGGAAAGGGAAAAAUAUACCACUCGAUCUGCACCUCGAGCACCUCAACAACUAUCUAAAAUCGUUUUUGAGAAACAAAGGCACUAACCUUACCGAGCAAACAGCUGACAGGGUCAGCAGAUCUGCGGGUGUAUUAAAAACACUGAUGGACACCGCAGACAGAGAGCUGCAGCUAUCCCGACCUAGUGGCAUCCACCAUGCAGCUGAUCUCAAAAAAGACAUUUUAACUUUGCUAGAGGUAUUUAUGAAGACAGAAGUUUUCAAAGACCAACCGGGAAGACAGUUCUCUGCAUUCCCUAACUUUGACAGAAACAUUCUGUCCAAACUAAAUUAUGCAGACUUAUGGAAAUGGAUGUGUUCCAGGCUGAAAGACUGGAGGGCUGUAGCACUUUAAACAAUUACUUACCUGAUUUGUAAUGGUCCAGCUCUGAAUCUCUGUCAUAGAAGGUCUACUUGGAAUUUUGGUGUAAAUAAUGUAAAUAGUUAAUUUUGAUACACUUAUGGUGUUAU